AAUCUCACAAGCACCGAAGAAAACCCAAAUCAAACCAAAAUAGACCUCAAAAGCCCUCUCAGUCAAAAACAAAAGAAAAAAAAGAAAAACAAAAACCCAGAAAAAAUAAAGACCACCAUUUUCUUUUCACUUUCAGCUCUCUCUUUUCCACUGUGUAUUUUGUCCUCCACUGAUCUUUCAGUCCAGAUUCCAUGGACACCAAGAUUGGAGCGCUCGACGCGUGCAAGCCUGCAAACAACGAUGUGGGUUGUCUUCCAAAUGACUUUGUGACUACCAUCCAGAACUCGGUCCCUUCCUCCGUGAUCAACUCAUCCGACGCAACUCUGGGUCGUCACCUCGCUCGCCGGCUUGUUCAAAUCGGCGUCACCGAUGUGUUCACCGUUCCCGGUGACUUCAACUUGACCCUCCUUGACCACCUCAUCGCCGAGCCGGGGCUUAAUAAUAUUGGCUGCUGUAACGAGCUUAAUGCCGGGUAUGCUGCUGAUGGCUACGCGAGGUCACGUGGCGUCGGUGCUUGUGUCGUCACGUUCACCGUCGGCGGGCUUAGUGUUCUCAAUGCCAUCGCUGGUGCGUACAGUGAGAACUUGCCUUUGAUUUGCAUCGUUGGUGGUCCAAACUCCAACGACUAUGGAACUAACAGAAUCCUCCAUCAUACAAUUGGAUUACCUGAUUUUAGCCAGGAGCUUAGGUGCUUUCAAACUGUCACAUGCUUUCAGGCUGUGGUGAAUAAUCUGGAAGAUGCACAUGAAUUGAUCGAUACGGCCAUUUCAACAUCUUUGAAGGAAAGCAAGCCUGUAUAUAUCAGCAUAAGCUGUAACUUGGCUGGAAUUCCUCAUCCGACUUUCAGCCGAGAGCCAGUUCCAUUUGUUCUGUCUCCCAAAUUGAGUAAUCACAUGGGAUUAGAAGCAGCAGUGGAGGCCACAGCAGAGUUCUUGAACAAGGCAGUGAAGCCAGUCAUGGUAGGUGGUCCUAAACUGCGAGUUGCCCAUGCCACUGAUGCUUUUGUGGAACUAGCCAAUGCCUGUGGCUACCCGGUCUCCGUGAUGCCAUCGGCGAAAGGGCUCGUGCCAGAGCACCACCCGCAUUUCAUUGGAACUUACUGGGGUGCUGUGAGCACUGCCUUCUGUGCAGAGAUCGUGGAAUCGGCCGAUGCAUAUCUGUUUGCUGGGCCCAUUUUCAAUGACUAUAGCUCUGUUGGGUAUUCAUUGCUUCUGAAGAAAGAAAAAGCGAUCAUCUUGCAGCCUGACCGUGUGACAAUUGCCAAUGGUCCAACGUUUGGUUGCAUUCUGAUGAAGGAUUUCCUGAAAGCACUUGCAAAGAGGCUCAAACAUAAUAACACUGCUUAUGAAAACUACCAUAGGAUCUUUGUCCCAGAUGGACAUCCUCUCAAGGCUGCACCUAAUGAGCCUUUGAGGGUUAAUGUUCUCUUUCAACAUAUUCAGAAUAUGCUUUCAAGUGAAACUGCUGUGAUUGCUGAAACAGGGGACUCAUGGUUUAACUGCCAGAAGCUCAAAUUGCCACAGGGUUGUGGCUAUGAAUUCCAAAUGCAAUACGGGUCGAUCGGUUGGUCGGUUGGAGCAACUCUUGGGUAUGCUCAGGCUGUCCCUGAGAAACGAGUUCUUGCUUUUAUUGGAGAUGGAAGCUUCCAGGUGACUGCUCAAGAUAUUUCAACCAUGCUGACGUGUGGACAGAGGACCAUCAUUUUCCUGAUAAACAAUGGGGGAUACACCAUUGAAGUGGAGAUCCAUGAUGGGCCUUACAACGUGAUCAAGAACUGGAACUACACUGGCCUGGUCGAUGCCAUUCAUAAUGGAGAAGGAAAAUGCUGGACAACUAAGGUCCGUACCGAGGAGCAACUGAUCGAAGCCAUAGCAACAGCAACAGGACCUAAGAAAGAUUCAUUGUGUUUCAUUGAGGUGAUUGUUCACAAGGAUGAUACCAGCAAAGAGCUGCUUGAAUGGGGCUCGAGGGUCUCUGCUGCUAAUAGCCGCCCACCCAAUCCUCAGUAGACAUUUUCAAAAAUAGUCACCCACAUUUCUUCGUGCUGCUUUAAGAUUUAAGCGCAUUUCUAAUUGAGAGUUGUCUAUUUUGUUGAAUGGUUUGCGAAAUAUAUUUUAUUCCUGGUUUUCAUAUACAUUCUUUAUGCAUGUUAUAUAAAAUCUUCUUUUAGUGGCA